AUGAAGAAUGGGAUGAUAGAAUGCAGUGUUUUCCAUUCUAGAUUCGUAUCCCCAAAUGCCAAAACCGUCUCAAGGAUUUAUGAUUGGCACAUGAGUAAGAUAUCAUCAAAGCAUCGUGCCCUCAAUGUCUUAUUGGUUGUUGGUGAUUGUAUCCUAGUUGGUUUACAACCUAUUUUGGUGUUUAUGUUCAAGGCUAGGCGUCAGAAAAUUGGAGAGAAGUCCCUUCACUCAGUUUUCGCAUUUGUGCAGGCUGCCCGCAACAAUAUGCUUCUUGUUGUUCUAGCACUUCUAUAUGCUAUCAAUAACUACCUCAAGUUCAUCAUGCAGCUUUAUUUUAAUUCUGCAACUAUGAAGAUGCUUAGCAAUCUGAAGGCUUUGGUAAUUGCAGUUUUGUCGAAGAUAAUUGUGAGACGUCAUUUUUCCAUGAUUUAGUGAGAAGCUCUUGCUCUGUUGCUCAAUGUGAUUAGUGUUAAUCAGAUGCGUUCUCUACUUGAAGGUUCCACUGCUUCAGGCCUCCCAAUGGUUAUGGGUGCAUAUCUUUAUACAUUGAUCUUUGUAACUGUUCCGUCUUUAGCCUCAGUCUACAAUGAGUAUGCACUGAAGAGCCAUUAUGAUACAAGCAUUUAUCUUCGGAACUUAUUUUUAUAUGGGUAUGGUGCUAUAUUCAACUUUCUUAGAAUUGUGGCAACUGCCGUUGUGAAAGGUCCUAGUAGCUUUGACAUCCUGCAUGGACAUUCAAAGGAUACCAUGCUUUUGAUAUUUAACAAUGCGGCACAAGGAAUUUUAUCCUCCUUUUUUAAAUAUGCUGAUACAAUUUUGAAGAAGUAUUUGUCAACAGUAGCCACCAUCUCUACAAGCAUAGCCUUUGCUGUAAUGUUUGGUCAUACACUGACCAUUAACUUUAUUUUAGGAAUUUCUAUUGUGUUUAUCUCUAUGUACCAGUUCUUUUCACCUCUUUCAAAAGUCAAAGAUGAUGAACAAAAUGGGAAGCUGGAGGUAAUGGACAUUCAGGAUGACCACAGGUUGAAGGAUUCAUCUUCCAUAAAUAUGGUGGUAGGAACGCAUAAGCAGGAGGGUACUCCAUUCGGUCAUGAAAGUAGGAGCACAUAG